AUGGGUCGCAAAACUGGCAAUGAAUAUAGUUUUGCACGAUUAGACUUUUCUAAUGACUUGUCAACGAGUAAUUUAUUAUCUAACCAUGACUCUCAUUCAUCAAAUCCAAUGAUGGUACCUGAUGAGCUAACAAAUGUCGAAGCUGUAACUCUUAAUGUCUAUAUAAAAUUCAAUUAUCCAGAAUUGAGUGCAUUCGUAAAAGAAUUGGAAGAAACUAAUGAUUUGAUGCAAGUCAACGAACGCGCUGUUUCUGCACUUCAUCUUUGUGUCUUUCGCUCUGCUAUGGAACCCAUUGAUAUGAGCAAUCAAACUGGUCGAACAAUCUAUCGACCAAAUUUGUUUACUCAGGAAAACAUUAGUACAAUCGAACAUCUACGUUUAGCAGCUGCAAACGAAAGUACUCGGGAAAAGCUUAUUGCUGUUAAAUACCUUGUCAAACAAAUGAUUCAAGAUUAUGCUCAAUUGAAUAUUGCCGCUCGAACGUUUAAUCAAGUAGCUGAUCCUUAUGAAGAUUCUAAGGCUACAUUACUAGAUGACAUUCAUCGUGUUCGUCGAUAUUUCUAUUAUAUUACUAGUCAUCUACAAUAUUUAGCAUAUCUUGAUCGGCGUGUGAUAAAAUUAGCUACCAAAGAAAUUCGUUUGACAUAUGACGAUGAUGGAAAUGUUCUGAGGAAUAUCGAGAACUACUUACGUACAUUUUGUUUACAAAAGACAACGAUCAGUGAGGCUCAACGUCUAAAAUAA